CGAUCGAAGCACAUCUCACACCGGGCGUUAAAUGUGAUCUUAAUAGCAGUUACGUAUGAUGGCAGUUUUGUUUAUCGGUCUUUAUUUUUUUGAUGUACUAGUGUUAUAAACUAAAUAUAAGUGUAUAUCGUAUUACGAUUUGUACAAUAUUCCGAAUUUAAUAGCUCAUAAAAGAUUCCAGUAUUAUUUUUUAUAAUUUGCUCAAAAUUGCAUAUCAUCGUAUCGCCGCAUUUACUCAAUCAUUUUUUACCGCAGUUUUGAUAUAAAAGGUGGCAUUUAAAGUUGAUAGUUUGUGAAGUGUUUGUUUAUUGUAUGAUUUAUUUAUUCAGGUUAAAAAAGUUAAAACUUAUUAAAUAUUAUAGUAUAGUGAAUAAAAGUGAUGAUACGUGUUGCAAUAAUGAGAAAGAAAUGCUUCAUGCUGAAAUUCAACAGGAAUUGCAUCGGACGAAAUCGGAAUAAUCGAUUAAGGGGAUUGGUGUACUAAUUUUUUGAGAUGCUGCGUCAGAAGACGUGCUACAUUGAAAAUGUGCCAAUUUAUAGUGCAGAGCAACCGAUAUAAUAGUUACUAAUUGCAUGGCGGAGUGUGAGGUAGUAGCUGCCCCCAAAGCCCCGGUUCCCCCGCCGCCCCCUCCCCGAGCUUCACACGUAGCAGCUGCGGCCGCCGCGAGUGCAGCUGCUGCUACGUCCGCUACGUCUGUCGCCCCUACGUCAGCUGUUAAUACAGCACCGACCACGACGAUGCAGCUGAACGGCACAGCACCGCAGCCAGGCGACGGAACGGCAACAGCGGCUACAAACGCACCCACUCAACUCGCAAACGGCGGAAGCGAAAUCACAAAACAUUCGACCAAUAACAAUAUUACGGAACGAGCUUCAUUUUUCAAAAACUCUAAACUUUCAUUAGAAAAUAAUAAAAACGGUUCAUCGACCGAACACCAAACGACAAUUAUUACGAACGGUGGAGCGACCAUACGGGAUAAAUGUGAUAACACGACCAACGAAUCGGUUCGUACGAGCGUUAACGGUGUAGUGUCAUCGGACAGCGCGGCCGAGAGCGGCAGAAGCCACAAAACUGAUCGCGAUGGGGCUGGAAGCUCGAAUGCCGAGAGCGAUGAUCAGUCAGCGAGUUCAAGACGUCUGCGUCUCGAAAAUGAGCGCCUGCAGGCAGAAGUAACGCGGUUGAGGAACCUCCUUCAGCAAUCGGGCGAUAUUGACACUUCUGAAGAGGCCGAUCUCGAAGGCAACGAAAGAAUGCAAGCACUCGAACACGAAUUGCGCUUGGCGAAGGAAGCUGUUUCGGAGCUUCGCAUCGAACGAAAGCGCUUGCGGUCGGAAAAGUCUGAAUUGCUGAGCCACGUGCGUCAGCUGUGCGCCAGUCUACAGGACAAAGAACAGGAAUUAAGGGAUUUCAUUCGCAACUAUGAACAGCAGCGCGCCAAUUCGGAUCGCGAUAGAGAGCGCUGGAGUCUCUUGCGGCACGCGCGGGACGAGGCCGAAAGAUCGCUCGCUCUGGCCGCCCAAUUAUCGGCCAGAGAGAAACAAUUGCAAAGGGCUCAGGAUCAAUUGCAAGAAGCACGUCGACAACUAUCUGGCGGCGGAUGCAUGUCCGACCAAGAGUCCUUAGCUUCCCUACCACGAGGUCCGGUAACCCCCCCAGCUAGCCUCUUAGGCGGCAGUAGCAUGGGCCACGGCGGAGGAGCAAGCGGCGGCUGCGAACGCGGUUCGUGCUCGGCAGACAGCGGCGUGCGAGGGUCCAGCGAUCGCGAGAGUGCUGCGGGCAACCUGUCGGAUGGUGGCCGAUCGGAAUGCGCGGGCGCCGCUUCUGUGAGCGGCGGUAACGCGCCGUCGAUCACUGUGGAUCCUGAUAGUUUGUCUAUUGUUUCUUCGUCGUGUGCGCCCCACAUGUAUCAAUCUGUAGGGUCGCCAAAAGAGCGAAGUCCAACACUAUCGCCACUUAAUGCUGGUGCUUAUUCACGAUCUGUUGAUGCAGCAUCUUUAUCUAGAAGUGUCGAACAACUAGGAAGUCCUUUAGAUGCAGACCCACCGCCUGCUCCGAUGGGUGCAAGGCGGUCUAAGACAGGAGUAGCCGGCACAUUCGGUGGUAGAACAGGUCGAGGCGCAGGUGGAACUUGGGGUAGUAUAUCUCGUGUCUUUGCACGCUCCAAGCAUAGGAGCAAGAUGGCAUUGCAAAAUGAAAUAGAUACAAAUGGACCGACAGACACAUGGAGCCCAUUAACUGAGGAAGGAUAUGCAGAAAAACUUCGUCUGUUACGCGAAGCUAGUACAAUGCCCAUCGAACGCUGGCGUGCUCCUAUGGUUCUCGCUUGGUUAGAAGUAGCUUUGGGGAUGCCACAAUACGGCCCAAGAUGUGCAGAAAAUAUUAAAAGCGGAAAGGUUCUCUUGGAACUUUCGGACGCCGAACUAGAAGCUGGUCUAGGUACAACUCAUCCUAUGCAUCGAAAGAAACUCAGGCUGGCAAUUGAGGAACAACGAAGACCAGAAUUAUGUCGUUAUCCCGCUAUUUCACAAUUAGGACAUACAUGGGUUGCCGCUGAAUGGUUGCCUGACUUAGGACUUGCACAGUAUGCUGAAAAUUUUGCUGCGAGCAUGGUAGACGCUAGAAUGCUGGACACAUUGUCCAAGAAGGAACUCGAAAAGUUCCUAGGAGUGACACGGAAAUUCCACCAAGCAAGUGUUGUACAUGGUAUCCAUUUAUUAAGGAUAAUGAAAUAUGAUAGACAGGCUUUGGCUAUUAGAAGGCACAAAUGCGAAACUAUGGACGCUGAUCCUUUAGUUUGGACGAAUCAAAGAUUUAUUAGAUGGGCACGUGCAAUUGAUUUAGUUGAAUAUGCAGACAAUCUUAAAGAUAGUGGAGUGCAUGGAGGUUUAGUUGUAUUAGAGCCUUCUUUUAAUGGUGACACAAUGGCAACAGCUUUAGGAAUUCCACCAAAUAAAAAUAUUAUACGAAGGCAUUUGGCGACUGAGUUGGAAGCUCUAGUUCUACCUGCCAGGGCAAUGCUGGGUCAGGGGCUGCGAUAUCGAGGUCCAGUAGCGACUUACGGCUCCGACAGAACAUUGGGACAGGCUUCGUCCAGAUCUUACACCACGGGGUUAGAUUUGACGGAAAGACGGGGCAGUCUACGGGGUUCUUUAAGCCGAGCCUUCAAAUUGAGACCGCGUUCGGAUAAGAUGAUAUCUCCGACGCCUUCGAGUUCCAGCGAAGGAGCAUACUCUGUUGGGCCUGUCUUCUACGCACCCCCGUGUCCACCAGGCCCGCCGCCCAGCCACAGGGUGUCUGCACCCCCGCCGUCGGUAAACGACAGUUUACAGCGAUCAGCUUUCGCCCAACAUAGAAGGGUAAAGAGUAUCAGCGAUAUCGAAAUUGCUGCAGCAAUUUCAUCAGUUUGA